AUGAAAUUCAGACAGUUAUACAAGGAGUUACAGAAGGAGUUGUCGAUAAUAAAUAGUAAGACGUUCAAGGCGCAUGCAGAGAGGGAGUUAAAGCAUCGUAAGACCAAAUUGCAAUACCAGAAGUUCCAGGCGAUCAAAGACAAGAUGCCCACGAAACACCUUGAUGAGCAGCUUUCGAGGUUGGAUGGUGGGGAGACGAAGGUACCUCGGUUCAAUAGUACGAUAAUCAAGGAGAUCGUGGCGGAAAAGGAGGCUAGUAAGAUGAAUUUGAUGCACAUGAAGAAUAUCAAGACGUUUUUGAAUUCGCAACGGGUGUACACCGAGUUGAUCGAGAGGUACAAUCCGGGAUUGACGAUGGAUCAGGAGGACAAGGUGAGAAGAACGGCCAAUAGGGUUGGAUUGCAGGUUCCGAACUGA